GUACAUGUUUUUGGAGUUCUCAUCUCCUCAAAACGCAUAUGAAGCUGUUAAGAUGACAAAUGGGUACAAACUGGAUAAGCAACAUUCUUUUAAAGUUAACCAUUUUUCUGAUUUUGAAAAGUACAUCAAUAUUCCUGAUGAAUGGUCUCCCCCAGAUCCAAAACCAUAUCAAGAUCUAGGAAAUUUGCGUAGUUGGUUGCAGAACAAGGAGUGUUUUGACCAGUUUAGUGUCAUUUAUGGAGAAGGUGAUAAGACUGCAAUAUUUGUAAAUAGUCCAGAACCCUCAAAAAUGGAAGAGAGAGAUCGGUGGACAGAAACAUAUGUCAGAUGGUCACCUCAAGGUACACACCUUGCAACCUUUCAUGUGAAGGGUAUAGCAUUGUGGGGAGGUCCAAAGUUCAGCCAAAUAAUGAGGUUUAGCCAUCCUGGUGUUCAGCUUAUUGAUUUCUCACCAUGUGAAAAAUAUUUAGUAAUAUUUAGUCCUCUUCACGAUAGCCAUGAAGAUCCUCAGGCAAUUAUUAUAUGGGAUAUUCGUUCUUGUGUCAAGAAGAGAGGUUUUCAUUGUGAGAGCAGAAGCACAUGGCCAAUAUUCAAGUGGAAUUUUAAUGGAAGCUACUUUGCCAGGAUUGGAUAGGAUGCUAUUAGUAUUUAUGAAACUCCAUCAUUUGGUCUUCGAAAAAAAAGUUUAAAGAUCCCAGCUGUGAGGGAUUUCUCCUGGUCUCCAACUGAUGACAUCAUCGCAUACUGGGUGCCAGAACAAUCUAACACACCUGCUCGUGUAACAUUGAUAGAAAUACCCAGCAGAUUAGAAUUAUGUGUUAGAAAUUUAUUCAAUGUUGCUGACUGUAAAAUGCAUUGGCAGAAGAGUGGUGAUUAUCUUUGUGUUAAAGUUGAUAGAUACAAGAGUAAGAAAACGGAUGACAAAGAACAAACAAAAUGCAGUGGUAUUUAUUACAAUUUUGAGUUGUUCAGAAUCAGAGAAAAGCAGAUACCAGUGGACAAAGUAGAAGAGAAAGAAACUGUAUUAGCGUUUGCUUGGGAGCCCAUUGGCAAUAAAUUUGCAUAUAUUCAUGGAGAGGCUCCACGUAUAAAUGUAACCUUUUAUAACAUUCAACCUAAAAAAAAAGUAGAGUUGAUAAAAACAUUCGAGAAAAGGUCGGCAAAUCAUCUUUUUUGGAGUCCUAAUGGUCAAUUCAUAGUUCUAGCUGGACUAAGGAGUAUGUAUGGAGUUUUGGAUUUUGUUGAUACUCAAGACAUGACUGUAAUGACUCAAACAGAGCAUUUUAUGGCCACUGAUAUGGAAUGGGAUCCGACAGGCAGAUAUGUUGUUUCUGCAGUUAGCUGGUGGGGUCAUAAGGUUGACAAUGGUUAUUGGUUAUGGAAUUUCCAAGGUAUUCUUCAACAUAAACAACCUCUUGAGAAGUUUUGCCAACUCCUGUGGAGACCAAGCCCUGUAUCUUUACUGUCAGAAAAUAGAGUUAAGGAGAUAAAGAAGAAUUUUAAAACUUAUGGCCAGCAACGAAAAAUAAACAGCAACGCAAAAAAGGGAACGUUGUCACAGAUAAAGGAUAAAUGA